AUUGAACAGUUUCAAAUUCUCUCGAAUCAGACAGCGAGGAUAUAAUUUUUUUUUAAUAUAUUACUUUAAUAUUACUAAGUUGGAAAAAAAUCAUACGACUCAUCUGACGUAUAAAACUUGUACAUAGUGUUUACAAUUUGUUAUUGGCAGCGAGAGAGUCGUUCCGUACAGAAUGUACAAGUUGAUCUGUGUGAUACUUUUGAUGAUCUCUUGUGAGGUCAUGGUCGCUGGUGAUGUCACUGAUGGCACUGAGCUUAUCUUCUCACUAUUGGUCCAUCGUCACGGUGAUAGAACGCCUGUCGAAUCGACUUUGGCCUAUAGCAAUGAUCGUAAUACUUUAGAGAUACUUUGUGAACCAUUUGGAUAUGGCCAGUUAACUGACGCAGGGAAAAAGCAUGCAUUCGCAUUGGGAUAUUACAUACGUCGUCGAUACGGUGAACUUUUAGCUCCACGGUACAAUGUUUCUGAGGUGUACAUCCGAUCCACUGAUUCCACACGCGUCAAGAUGACCAUUCUCACAGCUCUGGCUUCUAUCUACUAUCCUGUUAGAGAAAAUAGAUGGAGUGACAGCAUCAAUUGGGAACCAGUUCCUUAUACUACUGUACCUGCAAAAUAUGAUUUUAACCAAGCCGUUUUAAACUGCCCAACCUUAACUACAUUUACGUCAACUGCAGUGAACGAGCCUGAUUUAGAAUUACAAGAAAGAUAUGCUGAUGUUCUUAAUUUAUUAACACAAAAGACUGGACAUGAUAUUAUAGAUAGACCUCGUCUGACAAUUAUGUUGUAUGAUACUUACAUUGCUCAGCUAAGUUUAGGACUCGCGCUUGAUGAGGAAAUAGCGGCAGUUUUUGAUCAAAUUGAGAACCUGGCUUAUCUUGGAUAUGACGCAGUGUUCGGCGAUGAAGAACAUAAAAAGUUUCAGGCCGGUGUUCUUCUCAAUGAAUUCUUCACUUAUUCAGCAAAGGCUAUUGCAGGAAAUAACACAGAAAAAUUGAGGAUAUAUUCUGCUCACGACGUUAAUGUAUAUGGCUUGGAAGCUGUCACAGAAGUCACAUUUAGAUUAGGUCCACCCAAAUUUGCAUCAGCUUAUAGUUUAGAAGUUAGAAGAGUCACAUCAACUGGAAGAUAUGUUGUUCUGCCGGUAUACCUACCAUCACCGGGUGAACCGGAAAUCUACUUGCAAGUCAAAGGUUGUGAUUUACUCUGUGACUAUGAUCAGUUCGUGGAAAUAACCAGCAAGAACGCUCUGGACGAAGACACCUGGAGGACUGAGUGCGGAUUCACUGAUGACCUUGUUUUUGACGAAGCUUCGUUUAAUUAGAAAAUUUGUAACAAAACGAUAUUAAUUAAACACUUGACGAAAAUAUAAUAAUAUCAAAUCAUUUAUUUGCA